CGCUGCGAGGCGGCGUGCCCGUGCCUCAGAGCAUCGUGUGGACAAGCGGAGAGAUAGAGACACAGAGCCGGAGCUUUACCACACCAAGUAUCCGCCGAAUGUCUGCCUCUUCACGCUGCAAAUGAAUAAUCCUCACAUUCCCAUGUCUGCCAGUUGACAUAGUGAAUGCAAAGGGCCAGGCUUCCACCCCUGCAAGGAUUUAAUAGUCCUACCACGGGCUGAGCGUUUCUCUUUUUCAGCAGGAGAACCUGACAUUUCCUGUGGCAGAUUUACUUACUGGAUCAUGGCACAGACCAACAGUGGUGGGCAAGGCACCAACGGGGUAGCAGAUGAGUCCCCCAACAUGAUAGUGUACAGAAAGAUGGAGGAAGUAAUAGCCCGCAUGCAGGACGAGAAAAAUGGCAUCCCCAUUCGAACAGUGAAAAGCUUUCUCACCAAGAUCCCCAGUGUUUUUUCAGGUUCAGAUAUUGUACAGUGGAUGAUCAAGAACUUGGACAUUGAGGAUCAAGUGGAAGCUCUUCACUUAGGAACACUGAUGGCUGCACACGGUUAUUUCUUUCCGAUCUCCGAUCACGUGCUCACUCUCAAAGACGAUGGUACUUUCUACAGGUUUCAGACUCCGUACUUUUGGCCAUCAAACUGCUGGGAACCAGAAAACACAGACUAUGCUGUUUACCUCUGCAAACGAACAAUGCAAAAUAAAGCACGUCUUGAACUUGCAGACUAUGAAGCAGAGAGCUUAGCCAGGCUACAGAGAGCCUUCGCCAGGAAAUGGGAGUUCAUUUUUAUGCAAGCAGAAGCACAAGCAAAAGUGGACAAGAAAAGAGACAAAAUUGAGAGGAAAAUUCUCGACAGUCAGGAAAGAGCAUUCUGGGACGUGCACAGACCAGUGCCUGGAUGUGUGAACACAACAGAAGUUGACAUAAAGAAGUCGUCCAGAAUGAAAAACCCCCACAAAACCAGGAAGUCUGUGUAUGGACUACAGAAUGACAUCCGUACCCACAGCCCGACCCACACUCCUGCCCCAGAGGCCAAGCAGCCCACGGAAGAGGAACUGCAGGAACAGAUCACCUUUUGGCAACUGCAAUUAGACCGGCAUCGACUGAAAAUGUCCAAAGUGGCAGAGAGUUUGUUGGGCUACACAGAGCAGUACGUAGAAUACGACCCGUUCCUCACGCCCCCGGAUCCGUCCAACCCCUGGAUCUCAGAUGACACCACACUCUGGGAGCUCGAAGCCAGUAAGGAACCCGGCCAGCAGAGGGUAAAGAGGUGGGCUUUUGGCAUCGACGAGGUUCUGAAAGAUCCUAUCGGUAGAGAACAGUUUCUUAAGUUUCUGGAGUCGGAGUUUAGCUCAGAGAAUCUCAGGUUCUGGCUAGCAGUCCAAGAACUAAAGAAACGUCCCAUCAGAGAAGUUCCUGCUCGGGUUCAGGAAAUCUGGCAGGAGUUUCUGGCUCCUGGAGCCCCCAGUGCCAUCAACGUAGACUCCAAGAGCUACGACAAAACCACUCAGAAUGUCAAAGACCCGGGGCGCUACGCCUUCGAGGAUGCACAGGAACACAUCUACAAGCUGAUGAAGAGUGAUUCUUACAGUCGUUUCAUUCGCUCUAGUGCCUACCAGGAAUUAUUACAGGCCAAGAAGAAGAAAAGCAAGAACUUGUUCUGAAGGCUGUUCCUUCCAGGGGAACCCACAGGCAUCCAAGAGGCUGACCAGUUGUUUGUCGUCCCGCUAACCUGCCAUCUCGCUCUCUGUAUCCCUCUACGGGACACGGAGAGAAGGAUCAUCUCAUCUCUUUGUCAUCUUUGUCUGUCCAGCCGUACUUGGCUCAGCUGGGCGAUGAGCCAGGCCCUCUGUCCGUCUGUUGUCCACAGGAUGUUGCAUGUCCACGGAGAGGAUGUUCCUUCUUUGUCUCUCUUCUUACACUCCCUGUUAUAUUCCUAGUAUUCUCAGCAGGGAGACACUGCUGGACUUGUAAGGACAUUCACAGACCUGCAGGAGAAAAAAAAAAGAAUAAGAAAAUGUAAUUGAAAAAAGGAAUUUCGACUGUAGUAUUCUGGUUCUUUCCAUCCUAACAGCUGGGCCGGAGCCCCUUCUCUCACUUCCAGCUAAAGCAAAUGAUGUCAGAGAGAAAAGUAGGGGGAAAAACCACAGAGAAAACCACAAACAAAUAAACAUGACAGAUCGAACUGAUAAAGCGAACACACGUCAGUGCUUUACAGGAUCUGAGUUCAGAAAUACGUUGUCAUGCUAUGGGAAGUGUUGUGCAGAAUGAAUAUACUAUAUAUAAAUAUAUAUACAUAUAAUAUGAUUACAAUUCUUAUUAUUUAUUGUGCAUUUAUAUUUUUGUUUGUAUUAUUUUAUUGCACUACAAUAAUUAGCACAUGCAGUUGCCAUUGCACUUGUAAAGUCACAUUCAAAAUUCUGAAGAAAAAAAAGCUGUCUCCUGUCUAAUGUAGAACAUAAUUCUUUGUUAUUCUGUCCUGCAUUUAUUUUUAUACCAUAUUUAAAGACACUUUUACUUACUUGUAUUAUUAAAGUUUGCCCUCUAUCUGUUA